AUGGCUAAGGUGUCCUUGGGCACCAUACGCAGAGGCCGUUUCCGAAAAGAGAAAGUAGCGAUCAAGAUAUUCAAUGGCGGGUCUUCUUCGCCAGGUCCCACCUUCACCGACUCGUUGAAGAAGAUGCUGGCAGAGUCGUCCCCCGUCUGGUGUCGCGUCAGCCACCCGAACCUUGUACCUUUCUACGGAGUCGCGUUCGGUCUCGCGUACAUGCCAGGGCUAGUCUAUCCAUUCUAUGCCAACGGAAAUAUCCUCUCGUAUCUCGCGCAAAGAUACCCAGGGGAAGCUAAUCUCGAGGAUUCAGAGAGGUUAACGACGAUACUCACCCUGAUGUAUGAGGUCGCGAAGGGGCUGGAAUACUUGCAUGCAUAUACUCCUACAAUAAUACAUGGCGAUGUUCGAGGUGCUAGCGUAUUCAUCAACGACGAUGGUCAUGCUAUGCUGUCUGACUAUGGUUUGAGGUUAUCAAUGCCUGCAGAACUUCCAGACCACGUAUAUGCAAGACCCGUGGGUGCGGCGCGUUGGAUGGCUCCGGAGAUUAUGAGCACAAAAGCCCCCGAAGAAGUAUUCGGCCCGCCUGCAGGUUUUACAAAGCAGACGGAUAUAUACGCGUACGCGAUGACGAUUCUUGAGGUUUAUACAGGCCGACCACCGUUCGGUCAACUGGUGACCGAUGAGGAAGGCACACAUCCGCUCGUCCGGAUAGAUGACGGUGCCGUCAAGAUUAUUCUUGAAGGGGGACGUCCACCGUUGUCUGGAUUCCUCCAAUCAAGCGACACCCUUCGGGGCCUCGUGGAAAGGGCUUGGGACACGUUGCCUGAGAAUCGACCCGACGCCGCUGAAAUUGUCAGCAUACUGGAGUCCAUGAUCCCCAAGGCUCCGGAGGAGGCUCCAGCCGUCGCAGUAGAACCUGAAGCGACUCCUCGUGGUAGCAGCAAGAUCCAAGCAGCGUUUAAGCAAUUGUUUGUCUAUCCUUGGACGCUUGUUCGCACUUCCCUCAAAUCUGGGUAUGAUUCGCUACGAGGAUCUUUGCGCUAG